AUGGAUGAGGCUUACCUCUCUUUCGGCUGGGACACCACCAGCAACUCCAGCAACUCCUCUGGUGAGGGCGUAGACAACGCCCCCACCAUCCUCUACCAAUCUGGCGGGGUCAAUGCCUCCCAGAUCAUCAUCAACCUUUUCGCCCCCCGAGCCGGGAGCAACUGGCGGCAGGCCCAAAUUGACAAUUGGGACCCCGAGCAACCCGAACCCGAUGAGAACGAGGUUACCGCCCCCGAGAUCCCCACCCACGACGAGCACUUCCUCUCUGAGGAAGAGGACUCUGAUGAGGAUGGGGCCCUCGGGGAGCUCUCGGGUGAUGAGUGGGCGGAGGGGGAGGACCAGCCCCGGCGCCGGUUCCCUCCAGGCUACCUGGAGGCCCUGGAGGCGGCCUUGGAUGACAUCCUCGCGAUGGCCACUCCUGAUGAGGACGCCCACGGGGAGGGCGAAGGUUAUGAUUCCGACACCCCAUGGGUGGAGGAGAUAGAGGACAUCGCUGAUGAGUCUAGGGACGGCGACGAGGACGCUUCCCUGGAUGAGGCGUAG